UAGGGGUGAGAGAGAUUGUGGUAAUAGAAGCGACAAAGAAUAAACUAAAAUGUUAGAGACAUUGAUUGAACUAAAUAUGAUAGUAGUAGUCGAUGUUUAAUUGUCUAUAACAAAUAUAAGCAUCCCUAGUCAUUCCUUCGCGUGAGAGUGAAGUAGUAGAAUCUGAUCACCAAUACAUUGAAGAUAGACCAGAAAACGAAAAGAAAGAAAUAUAAAAUCAGGCGAUAGUUCGUGUAGAAGUCAGUUAAUCGACGAUUGUACUACGAAGCGGUAGCAGAGGAAAAAUCAGCAUCGCAGACCAAUGCUUAUUGUUAACCACAGCCGGACUGACGUGAGGUGUUUGGAAUUUCCCCAUUACAGCCGGCUUGGUUUACAAUAUUAGCUAUUCUGGUUAAUAACCCGGAUGUCCGACGGAUGAGUAAGCGAGUGGCUUCGCCCUCUGUCCGUCGGCAUCGAUCAUCGGCAGUUCCGUGAAGGAAAGCCGGUUACGACAGUUGUGUUAUGCGAUGAUGGAACAAGAAUAACCUCUUCUACAGACUAUGACUACAACGCAGAUUCAAUAACCGGACUCGUGGCUCCGAUGGAUUCGAAUGGAUUGCCUGUGAGGAAUUUGUUUAAAGCGAACACCCCUUACAAAAUGGCUAGCGACUUAAAAUCCUAUCCAGUGGGAAAUUAUGCCUACGUUCAAAUGGCGAUCCCAUUGAGCAAAGAAGCCGCUCCCUAUGUCAUAUACCAUGCCUGCUCUAAUAAUAAAUUUAGUUAUAAUGAUGUCCUCAAUCGUUGGAAUUACACAGAAUCUCUUUUAAAAAGUCACGGUAUUACUGUUUUGGCCAAUGCCUCAGAUGGCGACACAAGGCUAAUGAAGGCUAUGCGAAUUAGAGCCGGAUUUGAUAGACCAUGCACACCGUCUCCAUGGGGACCUUGGUUCCGAGUAGACUGGUUCAGUAAAACUCCGAUCAAUGUCCAAGACAUGACUCACACGAUCAAUAAGCUUAGAAACCGCAUGCUGAACGGCGAUAUGACGAUUGGAAAGUAUAAAAUCAAGAAAGAGCAUUUGAAACAACUUAUCGAAAACCACAGCAAAGACAAGCAUGGAUUGUGUAUGUCGGAUAUAAAUCUUAAAGAUAAAAUGAAAUUCGACUCGACGGAAAAGCUUAUGAAACUGGACUUAGAAUAUUUCAUGACGCAUGUGCCGAACAGCAAGGGUACUGUGUUGUUUAUAGACCUUAUGCGGCGCAUGUAUCGAUCAUUCGACAAGACUGAACAUCCAUUUCUCGAACGUAUCGAAGAUAUCUGGACCAGUUUAUUCAUAGUACGUGGAUGGAGGAAUUUCUGUAAACAAAAAUACAACAACCUGGCGGAAUGCAUAACGCCAAACGCGUAUCACUGCCUUGAGUUAGAUGCGCAUGCACUAAUUUUAUUCAUUUGCAUAUGUCGCGACAAUGAGGUUCCAGAACAAUGUAUAAUUGACUAUUUAUCCAGCCAGCCAUGCGAGAAAUUGUUUCGAGAGUUAAGAUCUUUGUCGUCAACACAUCAAACAGUAGUUAACUUUUCCAUAAAAGAAUUAACGGAGAAGCUAAAGAGGAUAUACAUGACUCGAUGUAUUAUGUAUGAAAACCGCGAUCGCAUCAGCUACCCCUAUAUCGACGCCAAACAGCAUAACCAAUCUUCUCUUGUUCUACCAUCUAAUGAUGACAUCAUCAGGAAAAUUGAAAAAUGCAAAACCAAUGCUGAACAAAAUUUGUUGGAAGUUGGAAUUGAAAAGGCAAUGAUUGAUCUAAAUGAUUCAGUUUGUAAUCAUGCAAUAGUUCCAAGAAUAGAGUUCGUAGGAAUAGAAGAGAGUUUCGAAGAAGAAGUAGAAGAAGAAGAAGAGGACGAAGAAGAUGAUGUAGUAGCAGGAACACCAGAAACACAGUUCGUAGGAGUAAAAGAUUGUUUCGAAGGUGAGAAUGUCGAGCACGAAGAUGUUAUUCAAAGUAAGGAACUGGAGGAAGCAAACUGUUGUCAUCAAAGUGAUGAAUUUCAGAAUAUUACGUUAACGAACACCUUAAAUGAGGAUUUAAGACCUGUGUAUGAUGCGAACAAAGUGUUCACCAACUGCGAGGAAUUAAAUAUUAAGAACUCUGUAUCUGGGCAGAAACAUACGUUCAGGAUUUCUGAUUCUAAUGGUCAAAUUAAAAAUGUGAAAAAAUCCACAUUGUUGUGGAUGCUGACCGAUGGCCGAAAUAGAUUAUCAUCGGACAGAAUGAGAAGAUUUCAGCAAAAAUGAUGUUUCUAUUGUUAAGGACAUAUAUCAGUGCAUUAGUUUUUUGAAUGUUUUAUUCAUCAAAUGUUGUUAGUCGAUGCUUGCUUUUAAUCGCCAACUUUUAUUAUGUAAGAUUUUAACGUGCAAUAAUUGUUUAUUUUAUUUUAAAAUUCAAAUAAAAAUUCUGAAAAGUAAACAGCAUGUUUCUUGAACAAUUAUACAUUUCACAAUUAUCGCUGAAAAAAGACCAGCUCUGAUACGUUAGAAAAGAUGUAAAUUGCGCUAUGUCUUCGAAAAGUAAAUACAGUUGACUCUCCCUUACUCGAUAUUCCGUAUCUCGAUAUCGAGUUUGAGAACCAUAGUAAAAGUUGGUUUUCAUGGCUAACUCGAUGGU